UGCGAAUCUUGGGACGGACCCCUAGCCCACCAUCAUUUUAGAAGCCCUAGCAAAAGUCACAUAAUUGUCCCUCUCAUAACCCAUUAUGGUGAAGAAGAUAGGUUGGCCAAAAUGCCCUCAGUUGUUUCCUGCCAAAACCCCUAGAAAAUCAUCAUCAUUCCCACGACCAUCAUCAUACAAACCAAAAUACAUUAAAAUCUUUUAGGCUCCUAAGCCCCUAUUAAGCCGCCUUCCAUGCUUACACAUGCAUGAUUGUUGUGUCAGAGAGAGGGGCAUGUCCCCCCACACCCCCAUGAGCCUUCUCUCUCUCAAUUUUUGCUCUUCUCUUGAUUUUUGCUCUAUAAAUUAACGGCCUAUUUGUUCUCUUUGUCCCUCACUUCUCUUCACUUUCACAGACUCUUCCUUGUUUUUUUUUUUUUUUUUACUGCUGCUUCUAGUUAGAAACCAUAUUGCUUCCUCGACCGAGGUUCCUCUAACCAACCACCUUGAAAAGGGGCAUUGCAGGCAGAAUAGAAAGUUUUUAUCUUUCAUAACAAUGGAAAGGCUGAACUCAAAGCUGUACUUGCAGAACUGUUACAUAAUGAAAGAGAAUGAGAGGCUAAGGAAGAAAGCCCAGCUUCUCAACCAGGAGAAUCAAGCGCUUCUCUCUGAGCUCAAACAAAAGCUCUCCAACGGAAAUCCAAAAACCAAUGCUACAGACAAUAUUCCUGACCUCAAUCUCAGCUCCAGCUCGAGCCAGAAUCCUUCCAGUUCCAGUAACUGAUCACGCAGGAUAUAUAUCAUUGACUCCACUUAGACUUCCUUGCUCUUUUUGUGUAAAACCAUGCUCAGCAGUCUUAGUUCCAGUCCCAGUUAAUAUAGGACAGUAGAAGUAUCUUUCUACCAAGUUCACUUUUGCUUUUAUUCCCCAUCUUUUAUCAUAUCUUCUUUUUUGGGGUGGUAAGAGAUUUGAUUACUACUGAACUACAAGGAUGUAUCAGGCUAUUUUCUAGAAAGACAUAUAAUAUUAUCAUAUUUUUAGCU